CGCGCAGGGUAGGGCGCAGAGCGCGGGUACUGCGCGGCCGCUCCGGCUCCGGCUCCGGCUGUUCCGCGGGGCUGUGCGCGCGAAUUCCGAUCAGCAUGGCGGUGGAAGAAGAGGGGCUCCGAGUUUUCCAGAGCGUGAAGAUCAAGAUCGGUGAAGCCAAAAAUCUUCCCACUUACCCGGGGCCAAACAAGAUGCGAGAUUGCUAUUGUACCGUGAACCUGGACCAAGAAGAGGUUUUCAGGACCAAAAUCGUAGAGAAAUCACUCUGCCCCUUCUAUGGAGAAGACUUUUACUGUGAAAUUCCUCGGAGUUUUCGUCACCUGUCAUUUUACAUUUUCGAUAGAGACGUUUUCCGGAGGGAUUCCAUCAUAGGGAAGGUGGCCAUUCAGAAGGAAGACUUGCAGAAAUACCAUAACAGGGACACCUGGUUCCAGCUGCAGCACGUUGACGCUGACUCGGAAGUCCAGGGCAAGGUCCACCUGGAGCUGAGGCUGAGUGAGGUCAUCACCGACACCGGUGUCGUCUGCCACAAGCUGGCUGCGCGCAUCUUCGAGUGUCAAGGCCUCCCUAUUGUGAAUGGGCAGUGUGACCCUUAUGCCACUGUGACACUAGCAGGACCAUACAGAUCGGAAGCAAAGAAGACGAAAGUGAAAAAGAAGACCAACAACCCACAGUUUGACGAAGUGUUUUAUUUUGAGGUGACCAGACCCUGCAGCUACAGCCGGAAGUCCCACUUCGACUUUGAGGAGGAGGACGUGGACAAACUUGAAAUCCGAAUUGACCUCUGGAAUGCCAGUAACUUGAAAUUUGGAGAUGAGUUUCUGGGAGAACUAAGGAUUCCGCUGAAAGUGCUGCGGCAGUCCAGCUCCUAUGAAGCAUGGUACUUCCUGCAGCCCCGAGACAACGGCAGUAAGAGCCUGAAGCCAGGGGAUCUAGGGUCCCUGAGGCUGAAUGUGGUUUACACAGAAGACCAUGUCUUUUCUUCUGACUACUAUCGUCCCCUGCGGGACCUUCUGCUGAAGUCUGCAGAUAUGGAGCCUGUCUCGGCGUCUGCAGCCCACAUCCUGGGCGAGGUCUGCAGAGAAAAGCAGGAAGCAGCCAUCCCACUGGUGCGGCUCUUCCUGCACUAUGGCCGGGUGGUGCCCUUCAUCAGCGCCAUCGCCAACGCUGAGGUCCGGCGGACGCAGGACCCCAACACCAUUUUCCGAGGAAACUCAUUGACAUCCAAGUGCAUUGAUGAGACGAUGAAGCUGGCAGGGAUGCACUACCUGCACGUCACCCUGAAGCCCACCAUAGAGGAGGUAUGCCAGAGCCACAAAUCCUGUGAAAUCGACCCUGUGAAGUUAAAAGAUGGUGAAAACCUUGAAAACAACAUGGAGAAUCUGCGGCAGUACGUCGACCGGAUCUUCAAUGUCAUCACCAAGUCAGGGGUGAGCUGCCCGACCGUCAUGUGUGACAUUUUCUUUUCUCUCCGGGAGGCGGCUGCCAAACGCUUCCAAGAUGACCUUGAUGUGAGGUACACGGCUGUGAGCAGCUUCAUUUUCCUUAGAUUCUUCGCUCCCGCCAUUCUGUCCCCCAACCUCUUCCAGCUCACACCUCACCACACGGACCCACAGACGUCUAGGACGCUGACACUUAUCUCAAAGACUAUUCAAACUCUUGGCAGCUUAUCCAAGUCAAAGUCUGCCAGUUUUAAGGAAUCCUACAUGGCUGCAUUUUAUGAAUUCUUCAAUGAGCAGAAAUAUGCUGACGCAGUAAAAAAUUUCUUAGAUUUGAUCUCGUCCUCUGGGAGAAGAGACCCCAAGAGCGUGGAGCAGCCCAUCCUGCUUAAGGAAGGGUUCAUGAUUAAGAGGGCACAAGGACGAAAACGCUUUGGAAUGAAGAAUUUUAAGAAAAGAUGGUUCCGCCUGACAAACCAUGAAUUUACCUACCAGAAAAGCAAAGGAGACCCGCCUCUCUACAGCAUUUCCAUCGAGAACAUUCUGGCAGUGGAGAAACUGGAAGAGGAAUCCUUCAAGAUGAAGAACAUGUUCCAGGUCAUCCAGCCUGAGCGAGCGCUGUACAUCCAGGCCAACAACUGCGUGGAGGCGAAGGCCUGGAUCGACAUCCUCACCAAAGUGAGCCAGUGCAACAAGAAGCGCCUCACCGUCUACCAUCCCUCCGCCUACCUCAAUGGCCACUGGCUGUGCUGCAGGGCUUCCUCGGACACGGCCCCCGGCUGCUCCCCCUGCACUGGUGGCCUCCCAGCGAACAUCCAGCUGGACAUCGACGGGGACCGAGAGACAGAGCGCAUCUACUCCCUGUUCAACUUGUACAUGAGCAAACUUGAGAAGAUGCAAGAGGCUUGUGGGAGCAGAUCUGUGUACGACGGCCCAGAGCAGGAGGAGUACUCCACGUUCGUCAUUGAUGACCCCCAGGAGACCUACAAGACCCUGAAGCAGGUCAUCGCGGGAGUUGGGGCCUUGGAGCAGGAACACGCCCAGUAUAAAAGGGAUAAGUUCAAGAAGACCAAAUACGGGAGCCAGGAACACCCCAUUGGAGAUAAAAGUUUCCAAAGCUACAUCAGGCAGCAAUCGGAGGUCUCCACCCAUUCCAUUUAAAGUCUGCAGGACGUCCCAUCCCAGGAUGGCGCUAUGAACUACACCAGGAAAGCCACCGUGUUUGGAAAGGAAGAGGGAGAGAAAGACGAGAGUGCAGAGCAAGUGAGCAAAGGGAUCCACACUUCAUCUGCUUGUGUAGAUAACAAAGGUCAAGCUAAUGGAACUUCCGAGACUCUCGAGGAGCCGUUUUCAUGGUUUUCAUGCACUUUAUUCGCGCUGGUGGGCAGGUGCCCUGAGCUGGCCAUUCUGGACCCGUUCCGGCGAGGGCUCGCCCUCUGCAGAGCGUGUGCUUCUGUCUCAUGUGCACUACUGCCUCUGCCGGUCUCCUCGGUGCCUGCACCGGGAGCCUUCUGGCGCUCUAAUGUUCUGCUUCAGCACAGCCGGGACAUACAAGCAUUACUCUUUUCCUAUGAGCCUGCUGUCCCGGUGGCCACGGGCCAAUGGCCUCCUGGUUUCAGCUUUUGAUAUUGGUGUUGUUCCUGGCUGGAGGGUCAGGGUUGUGGCUGGGAUCGGCAGAACUGCACAGAGAUCCCAAUUUGAGAACGCUCUUGAUAGUUUAGGGGUACGGGGUGCUGCAGAGCGUUCCUGGCAGCGGUGGUAUCCAAACUUCUCUCUUGGAGGUGAGAGGCCCAGUCCUGCCUGCUGCUGAGACGCACCCACAGCCUGCAGAUGCCCCUUAAGCUGGCAACAGGCUGACCUGGGCGUCUGCGCAGCCCCCACUUCAAACACAAGUUGUGUUGUUUUGCUGUCAGUGGGGCUUACAAGUAGAAUCCACAUUUGCCACCCCUUGUGGAGUUUUGGGGAAGAUUUUAAAAAUAGAAACGUGCAUCAUUUUCAAGCUGUAUUUUUUUUUUUUAAUGUUUUUAAUCAUGUCUUUGAUAUAAAGUAACUCAGACCAUCCAAACUUAGGCUUGUUAAAGGGGAAAGUGCUACAGUAGGGCAGAAAAGGGAACGGGGUACAUCUAAGGGAAGCCAGUUACAAGUCUUCCAAAGAAAACCGAACAAGGGAAGAAAUCCUGAGCUUGCAAUGGGAGGCGCCUGGCCGUGCAGACGCCCGUAGACUUCUGGAAUAGUAUUACGUGCGCUGUGUUUCUGUGAAGCCCCUAGAAGCUGUCAGGGCAGUGGCGAGGCUGCUUUCUGUUGGGGUGGGGAGCUGUUUGUUGCGUUUUCCCACAGUCCUCAUGGCUGCAGGCGCUGGCUUUGGAAAGCACUGUCCAAACACGCAGGACCCUAUCCCCUUGUGCCCAUCUCUGUUCUUGUUUGCAAGUACUGUCCUUCAGACUCAAUCUAGAUGGCAGAUAGUAACCUGACUUACCACAAAAAUGUUGGAGAAAACUGGUACAAAAAAUAAACCUGGGGACACACAACUGUUAGGCUGCAUCACACUGCAAUUUUUAACAUGGGUUUGUAACUUAAUGUUUCUGUUUAUAAGAUACUAAUGAUUUGUGAUGUAUUUUACUGCGCAAUUAAAACAGAUGUUUUAUUCUUUC